AUGCCAGAAUUGUAAUUUUUGAGUGAACUAUCCCUUUAAAUCUGUGAAUGUACAGAUUAAAUAACAAGUGAAUCACAGUUUCCAGACACACCUUUUCUGCACACUACACACAAGCAAAGAACCAGGAAACCUUUCAGUUCUGAGAUAACGAAACGUAUCGGGCGAAGUUGCUGCACUCUUAUGUGUUUCUUCUGUUUCUGUGUACAUGUGGUGAAAUGGCAGAAGCCAGCAUUUUAUGGACUCGGGAGCAGUUCAUUUGUCCAGUGUGUCUUGAUCUUCUAAAGAAUCCAGUGACCAUUCCCUGCGGACACAAUUACUGUAUGACAUGUAUUUCGGACUGCUGGGAUCAUCAGGAUCAGAAGAUUUUCUACAUCUGCCCACAAUGCCGACAGAAGUUCACUCCAAGACCUGCUUUAAAUAAAAACACCAUGCUGGCUGAAGUGGUGGAGAAACUCAAGGAGACUCAAAUAAAAGCUGCAGUUCCCACUGACACUGGACCUAGAGAUGUAAAGUGUGACGUCUGUAGUGAAACAAAACUCAAAGCCGUCAAGUCCUGUUUAGUAUGUCUGAACUCUUACUGUCAAGGCCACCUUCAACAGCAUGAGAGUUUUUUUAAGGAUAAGGGACACUAUUUGAUGGAUGCCACUGGACGACUUCAGGAGAUGAUCUGCCCUCAACAUGGUCGACUGCUAGAGGUUUUCUGCCGCACUGACCAGCACUGUAUUUGUAUGCUGUGUACGAUGUAUAAACAUAAAAACCAUGACACUGUCUCAGCUGCAACAGAGAGAUCGGAGAAAGAGAGACACUUGAAAAACACUCUGCUAAAGUACCAGCAGAGAAUCUACGAGCGAGAAAAGGACAUCCAGAAGCUUAGAGAUGCUGUUGAGUCUCAUAAGCACUCUGCACAGGCAGCAGUGAAGGAAAGCGAGAUGAUCUUUUCUGAGCUGAUCCGCUCUAUUAAGAAAAACCGCUCUGAUGUGACACGGCUGAUCAGAGAUCAGGAAAGGGCUGUGGUGAGUCAAGCUGAAGGACUCUUGGAGAAAUUGGAGCAGGAGAUUGCUGAUCUGAGGAGGAAAAACGCUGAGCUGGAGCAACUUAGACAUACAGAUGAUCACAUCCAUUUCCUGAAGGGAUUUCAGUAUCUGUCUGCACCUCUUGAACCGACAGAGAGAAUUACUGUCACAUCACCUCUCUCUGUUAACGAUGUAAGACAAUCUAUCUGUCAAAUGAGAGAGGUAAUAGAAAAGUUUUGUAAAGAGGAAAUCCAAAGGAUUUCUGUUAAACACAUCAACAUUGUUCUGAGAACCAGAAAGGACUUCCUACAACAUUCUCAUCAGUUCACACUUGAUCCAAACACAGUAAAUAAACACAUUCAUCUGUCGGAGGGGAACAGAUUGGCCAUAUACACGGACACAGUCCAGCGGUAUCCUGAUCAUCCAAACAGAUUUGAUGUUUAUUAUCAAGUGCUGUGUGGAGAAGGUGUGUGUGGAUGCUGUUAUUGGGAGGUGGACUGUCACGGUGAUGUGGGUAUAUCAGUGUCAUAUGAACAAAUCAGUCGCAAGGGAACGGAUACAAAGUGCUUGUUUGGAUGUAAUGAUCAGUCUUGGAGUUUGUUCUGCUCCUCUUCCAGAUACUCAUUCAGGAGCAAUGAUAUGGAGACUGAUCUGCCUGUUUUCUCCAGAUACUCUAGAAUAGGAGUGUUUGUGGAUCACAAAGCAGGAACUCUGUCCUUCUAUGGUGUCUCUGACACAAUGACCCUCAUCCAAAGAGUUCAGACCACAUUCACUCAGCCUCUCUAUCCUGGGUUUAGGCUGUACAGUGGAUCAGCGGCAAAACUCUGUGAUUUAACAAUGUAGAAUAUUCCUACAUGGCUUUAAUCAGUAACAGUAAGAUGUCAUCGUGUUCACACUCAUGAGAUUUCCAAGGGCUCUCAUUCAUGAGUUCUGAGUUUUAACCUAGUUAUUUUAUUUACAAAAGUAAGAACAUAGUAGCCUAUGUACAUGAGUAUCAGGACUUUAAAAUAAAGUGCUACCGAUAUUUUCGAUGACCUAAAACCACCCACGCCUCCUUGAAUGUGGUCACAUCUCUUUCAGAAUAUACAUUUCAACUUUAGCAUGUUGCAUUUGUGACACACCAAUGCCACACCAAGCUAAUGACAUUUGACCCUGCGUUAUGUUAUCGACUGGGACUAUGAUUGAAUUUCUGUCUGGUCCUCGCACAAACCAAUAUUUCUGGACCAAACCAUAUUUUUUUUAUCCACUUGUUCCUUGUUUUAUUGUUGAGAAGUAGUUACUGUAGGCAUGCAUAGGGUUUGGGUUAUGUAUUCAAAAGUAUAUCUAAAUAUCUGGAAGUAGAGUGGUGGAGGUGUGGAUCUAGAUUAAUUGCCGAUUUUAUUCAAAUGAACAAAGAUGAUCUGACAACUAAAGACACAGGAUAGUGAGAAAUUAACUAAACGUGUAAUGUAAAUAAACUUUAACCAAGGAAACGUAGUGGGAAACAAUGGAACUACUUUAAAUUAAGAGUCCUAGGGGGACACAGAAUCACGUGGAACUUAAGAAAUAAUUGUGUAAUGUAACAAUUUAUUUUGGCUGUUCAAACUGAAAAUCAUCAGCAUGGAAAUAAGUGUUUGUAUGUACUGUAUGUUUUUUUUUUAUUUUAUUCAAUUUAAAAUAAAAAUAAAAUAACUCAUCCACAUAGUGCUGAAUUCAUUUAUUUGACUUGAACAGCUUUUGACAUUAGUACAGUAUAUCACUCCAUGAAAUUGCACUGAUGAACACAUGAAAUAAUUACAGCUACAGGAACUACAAACUCUCUGGUCCUUCAGUAACAGACCAAGGACCUCAAUCAGCUCAAUCCUGUACAGAAGGAGAAGCAAACAUGAGAUGUUCAACUGAUCUGCAUUACUACAGCAACUAUCGAUGUCUGCAUAAGCUGUUUUUUUUACAAGCAUGAGAGCAGGCUGAUCUUGAUACAAUGAGCAUCAGACUGUGGACUAGCUGAUGUUAAUGUGAAAGUCAUUUUUUUACUAACCACUUUAGAACCUAGAGCUGAGACUAGAGACUAAAACAGGGCCGUUGGAUCGGUGCAACAAAUCUGAGUUUGUUUUUUUUUUAUGUGCAAUCAAAAAAAAUGUAAGAGGCAUUUGGAAAUCUAUACCCAUUUCAACAGGAAUUAUACAGGUUUAUACUUCACAAAUGUCAGUAAAGCAAAUGAACAGAAUAUGAAACCCCACAGAGAAACAAAAGUGUUACAUUGAGGUUGUCCAUUCAGAGGUAAGGCUUUAUCUAAAAUAUGACAAUGUACUGUAAAUAAAACCAUGUACAAACAUGUCAACAUUCAAUGAAUUUUUUUUUUUUUUUUUUACAUUUUCACUUGUGUUCCAGUACAACUUUGUUAUUUUCAAUUUGAAGUGAUAUGCAUUUUUUUUAAUCAAAUUGCAUUUGUAAAUCUUUCAACCAUUUUUAUUUGAAUUCGACAACAACUGGACUAACACAAUAAAAAAAAGCAAAGGUCACACACAUACACACACACACACACACACACACACUCAUACACACAAUGGUCCCAUGAUCAUAAAACUCCUGAAUGAUUCCGUACACUGAUGAGAACCGAGAUGUUGAAUGCUGAACUUGAUUUCAGCUGUGCUCAUCUGAACUGAACAUAAAUACGCUGCAAAACAGCAACAACAAAAACUAAAAAGCUGAUCACUAUUUUUGUCUUGUUUUCCAGUAAAAAUAUCCAUAUGACCAAAACAUUCUAAAAUGAUGUAAACAAACUUCAUUUAACUGAGAAAUAAAAUAAGACAUUUUCAAAUUAUAUUUUGAAUUAACUUUCACCCCUUACCCCAUUACGUUUUUGAUUUUAUUUUCAACUACAUUUUUCCAAAUGCUUAAAAUUUGAAAAAGAAAAUCACUAACGAGGUAUGUAAAAUAAAUGUAAUUCAAGAAAAAAAAAAAAAAAA